UACUUCAUUAAGGAUCUGGCUACAGCCCCUCACCUGGCGGCCGGCGUUUGAUUUCUUGGUGACAGUAUGCUCAUGAUGAUUCUAUGGAUAUCCAUCUUCUUCUGAAUAAAAUCAAAAGCUGAGAUUUUUAACUGAUCCAUGGAAAGUAUGACAACGCUUCAUCCUCUUCAGCCAAUUUCAAGCUUCCCAAGCAGAACAAAACCUCUUGCAUCGUCCAAGUGUAUAAGAACAAAUGCUCAGAAUGAGAGUAUUUUUGCUGUGAGACUUAGAUUCCACGGAGGAGCACAUAAAUGUAAGUUUUACAACCAAUACCGACACUCCACACCGAUCUUUGCAACCACGAACACAGGUGAUGGUCAUCCGCCUCUCAGUUUCUCUGAUCAAAACACAAAUACAAAUCAUGCCCCAAGCCCCAAACCGCAAACCCUUCUAAGCAAAUGGUCGCCUCCAAGGCAUCUAUGGAGGGGAUUGUCGGUUCUCAUCCUUGCAGGACAGGUUAUUAUCAGGAUUUUGAAGGGAAGAGUCCAUUGGAGGAACACCCUCCAACAGUUGGAGAGGGUCGGGCCAAGAUCAGUUGGGGUCUGCCUUUUGACAUCGGCUUUUGUGGGCAUGGCCUUUACCAUUCAAUUUGUCAGAGAAUUUACUAGACUAGGGUUAAAUAGGUCUGUUGGAGCAGUUUUAGCCCUAGCCUUCUCAAGAGAGCUGAGCCCUGUUAUCACAUCCAUUGUGGUUGCUGGCCGUAUAGGAAGUGCGUUUGCAGCAGAAUUAGGGACAAUGCAAGUCUCUGAGCAAACAGACACUCUGCGAGUACUUGGAUCUAAUCCUGUGGAUUACCUAGUUACCCCAAGGGUGAUUGCUACCAGUGUUGCUCUGCCAAUUUUGACUCUGAUGUGUUUCACCAUUGGAAUGGCUUCUAGUGCUCUCCUGGCUGAUAGUGUAUAUGGGAUUAGUGUCAACAUAAUAUUGGAUUCAGCUCAGAGGGCUCUCAGGCCUUGGGAUAUAGUCAGUGCAAUGAUCAAGUCACAGGUGUUUGGUGGGAUCAUUGCUGUUGUGAGCUGUUCAUGGGGGGUUACCACCAUGGGAGGUGCAAAGGGUGUUGGUGAGUCCACCACUUCGGCGGUGGUGAUAUCACUUGUUUGUAUCUUUAUUGCUGAUUUUGCGCUCUCCUGUCUCUUCUUUCAGGGUGCAGGAGAUUCACUCAAGAGCAUGUAAUGGUUCUUAGUCUCUCUCUUUCUUUUUGAAAAGUUUAUGAUGUCCAGAUGGAAAUUUUCUAUGCUUGAUUUUUGUAAUGAUUGGCACAAGAAUUAUGAGGGCUUGAAGUUAAUCAGUGGUGUCAUUUUGUACAAAGAAGUAAAGUUUUUAAAAGCUCUUUUUCUUUAUCUU